CUCUCGUGAGCUGCCGACUGGAAACAUGGCGAGCGCGUUGCUGCACGGCACGAAGCUUGUGAACGCCAAGGGCGAGACGAUCGACGGCGCUGACGUCGGUCAGUCGGGCCUGCUUGCUCUGUACUUUGCGGCAAACUGGUGCCCGGACUGCCGCGCGUUCCAGCCAAAGCUCAAUGACUUCUACGCGCAAGCGAACGCCUCCAAGCAGCAGCUGGACGUGGUUUUCCUGAGCUCCGACAUGUCCGAGGAGGACCAGCAGGCGCACUUCUCAACCAAGCACGGCGACUGGUGGAUGGUGCCCCGCGACGCCGAAAUCCGCAACGAGCUUCGCCGAAAGUAUGGCAUCCGCAAUGGCAAGGACGACGCGGAGGUGGGCGUCACUCAUCGGAACAGCGGCAUCCCGGCGCUCGUGAUCAUCCGCCCGGACGGUGAAGUGCUCGACUUCCAGGGCGCUCAGCAGGUGGAGAACGACGGGAUCAAGGCGCUGGCCAACUGGCAAGCCAAGGCCCAGGCUUAA